UGUUGCUUCCCCUUUGUUGGCUAUUCCACUUCGUUUCCUCGUUCGCAGAGAUGUUUAGCUAGCUAGCGCUCGUCGGGGCUCGUCCGACAUCCCUUCAGUCGCUCACGGACCGGGGGCUCACACGCCGGGCAGCUGUUACAAUCUCCAAUUGCGUUGUUUUUCUCCCUGAAGUGACAUGUGUUUCCAAACACCGCCAAGAACCCACAAACGCAGCUAAACGGACAACACAACAUUGACAUAGCCAAAGCCAGCACGCACCAGUCAUGGAGUUCAACACGUGUGUGGCCUUGUGGAUAUGUUGCUCGUGUCUCGUUGGAGAAAGUUGGACUGACAAACCAAGUUCACCUACACCAGACAGUCAGAUUGUUGAACACGGGGUGUCAGAUUUCUGUCGCAUUGAUGCGCCACUAUGCAAGGAUGAGAAUGGAGUUCUCAGCUAUGAGUCUAUCCGUAGUAUCCACAAGCAGAUGGAUGAUGAUGCGAACGGCAAUGUAGACGUGGUGGAGACGGACGGCUUCCUCAGAGAAGAUCUAAACUACCAUGACCCAAAGGCCAAGCAUAACACCUUCCACGGGGAUGACCAGUUCAUCAGUGUGGAGGACUUGUGGAACGCAUGGAAGGGCUCUGAAGUGUUUAAUUGGACAGUGGAUGAGAUGGUGGAAUGGCUCAUCACCUACGUGGAACUGCCACAAUAUGUGGAUGCCUUUCGCAAGAUGAAUUUUAAUGGAAGUGUCAUGCCAAGGCUCGCCGUGAAGAACACCACUCUGACUCUCUCUAUUCUGAAGAUUCUGGAUCGCAGCCAUGUGCAAAAGUUGCAGCUCAAAUCUUUGGACACUGUACUGUUUGGAGCGCCCCUGAUGAAUAGGCAUAGCCACUUGAAGGACUUCAUGCUGGUAGUGUCAAUAGUCAUAGGCAUGGGGGGCUGCUGGUUUGCCUACAUCCAGAACCGCUACUCUAAGGAUCAUAUGAAGAAGAUGAUGACAGACCUGGAUGGCCUGCAGAGAGCUGAACAAAGUCUGCAUGACCUGCAACAGAAGCUGCAGAUCGCCCAGGAGGAGCACCGCACAGUAGAAGUGGAGAAGGUGACCCUGGAGCAGAAACUGAGGGAUGAGAUCAACGCAGCAAAGCAGGAAGCCCACCGCCUGAGGGAGCUGCGUGAGGGCACCGAGAACGAACUGAGUCGCCAAAAGUACGCUGAAGAAGAGCUGGAUCAGGUGCGCAUGGCGUUGAAGAAGGCAGAGAAGGAGUUGGAGUCCCGGAGUAGCUGGUCCCCGCCAGAGUCCCUCCAGAAGUGGCUGCAGCUCACCCACGAGGUGGAGGUGCAGUACUACAACAUCAAGAAGCAAAACGCUGAAAAGCAGCUCCUGUUGGCCAAAGAAGGGGCGGAGAAGAUAAAGAAAAAAAGGAACACUCUGUUUGGGACUUUCCACGUGGCUCACAGCUCCUCUCUGGAUGAUGUGGACCACAAAAUACUGUCUGCAAAACAAGCCCUGGGUGAGGUGACAGCUGCUCUGCGGGAGAGGCUUCAUCGUUGGCAGCAGCUAGAGAUCCUCACAGGUUUUACCAUCGUCAACAACCCAGGCCUUCCUUCUCUCACCUCGUCCCUCAACCUUGACUCCAGCUUCAUGGGCGGCAGAGCUACGCCUCAGCACUUCAUCAUGUCUGACGACAUGGACGACUUGGAUGAGGAUAUCGUGCCUGGAAAUCUGCAAUCUCCCAGUAUGAUGUCCCUGCGCCAACGCCACAUUGACCCCCAGCUGGCCAUGGGCUCUCAGAGGGACCUAAAUCGCUCUGACUCCGACUCCUCCCUGUCCCUCUCUCAAGUUGGUGAUCGGCUAUCUGCCUACAGCUCCAAAGGCCACCUAAUCAAGCCCACCUCCCUCAUUCACAGCCUGUCCGGCCGCGCAGAUGACGCCAUCUCUCUGCAUGCUCACACACCCAACGGAGGCAACCGCAUUCAUGAGGUCAGUCCUGCAGAGCCCGUCCACGACAGCCCCAUACUCAUGAAGAAGAUGUACGGCACGGAGCAGUCGCCCAGCCUGGGAGAGAUCAACAGUCUGUCGGAGUCCUCCCGCUCGCUCAGCCCCAACUCCACUGAACCUGACACGCCGUCACCGACUGGAGGACAACCGGGGCCAAAGGUAAACAGCCGCAUCCCACAGCUGUCCACCAAGAAGAGCCCGCUGGAGGAGGACAGUGGCUCCACGGGAGAAGACACCGAUUCCACCGCCAGCCGCAAGAAACACACCUUCAAGAUCUUCAAGAAGCAGAAGAAAUAAGGGCUUUAUGAACUUCAGGCUUUCAGAGCUGUUUGACUGAAUUCCUCUUGUCUGUUUUUUAGAAACAAGGUUUGAGGGGUCGUUAGUGGGCAGAUGAUGGCACAAUCUGUUGCCGGUGCAUUUUUUUUUUUGUAGGUACGACACCUACUCUAAGAAACUGGGAGCAACCAGCUGUUCGGUUUUAUCUGCGUAUUGGGUCAAUGUGGGAAGUGGGUAGGUUUGUAUAUUGGAAUGUAAAGUAUUAUUUAUUCAGCAGGAAGUUGUGCCAGUCUCAAAGAGAAAUGGGUCUCCUGGUUGGUUUUUCUUUCUUGUUCUACAAUCUAUAACAUUUUGCAUGUCUUCACUUUAGUUUGACUGAUACUCGAAUGCCCUUUAGUGUUUGCUUGGUUCUUGUUGUUAACUUGCCUAGACAACACUUGAUGUUUCUUUUAUUACCACCUAUCCUACAAGUCCAAAUUGAAUGUGCGCUCCCUUUGACUCACUGAGUACUUUGUUUUUAUUGAUGGUGACAUGUUUGUCUUUCUUUUUUUGUUGUCUUCUUCUUGGCAGAGCAAAUGACACAUUCAAGAGAUCCUCCAACAGUAGACUAUAGAAAGCUCAGGCUGUUUCAAUUCUGACUCGGUACAUGUUUGACAGCUAAAAGGAAGAUUAAAUAGUGAUUGAGUACAGCAAUAGUAGCUUUUUGGUUUAUACUGCCUAGAAGUGUAAAACAAAUGCUAAAUAAUGAGUUCAUCCAAGUGCACCCGGAUGGCAUCACCUUGUGUACAAAAUAGAGCUUUACAUUCGGUAAAUCUCCUAAAUUACAAAGGGACCAUCAAAUGGAGCAUCAGACCGUUGGCUUUAUUUUUAGUAUUUAAUUGUUGAGUGCGUAAGACCAUUCGAGUAUAAAAGAAAAAUGCUUAACAAAUGUAAACACUGAUUAAUAUUUGGAUUGACACAUGCCUAUAUAUAGGUGUUUGAAUGUCCUGGAUUGAAGUGUCUUAAGUACCAAAAACAUAAUUACCAAUGAAAUUGCGUGACAAUGAACAUUUAUCUGGCUUUGUAUGGACCAUUAGGAUACAACUUUUGGAGAAAGUGUACAAUGCAUACCUUUUUAAAAACAACAAAUGAAUCAAAGAAUUUAACGCCAAGCACUUGAAGCACAUUUUUAUUCAACUUUUGAAUAAAAGUAAACUUUUGUUUUCAAAGAUUUUCAUAUUAAAAGAUAAAUGAUAUCCUCCAUA